AGUGAUAUUUUUGCAGGAAUAUUUGGACCAGAGUGGGUACAAUAACGUGAAACUCCAAAUUUUAUUAGCCAAGGAGAAUGAUAAGACAAUCCCCCAACUCGAAAAGAUGUUUAAGCUCACCUCGCUUAUAAAAACAAAUGAGAUGUUUCUAUUUGACGAGAUGGGCUCGUUGAGGCAAUACCAAACGCCAGAAGAGAUUCUAAUUGCUCAUUUUCGUCUUAGACUCGAAUAUUAUCGAAGAAGGCGUGAGAAAAAGUUGGAUAAUCUUCAAAAGGAAGUGGCUUUGUUGAAUGCAAAGGUUCGAUUCAUAGACGAUGUAUCGAAGAAAGAAAUUCGCAUCAAGAACAUAAGUGAAGAUAAUUUGUUCCGGGAGUUGAAACGAAAGGAUUACUAUCGGGAUGAAUCUACGAGUUUGGGAUAUGACUAUGUGCUCUCGGUACUUGACUAUGUAAAGCCGGAUCUAUAAAAUCUCACGAACAAGCGUGUUGAGAAUUUGAUGCAGCAGAGAGAUAGACUCUCUAGAGAAGUGGUUGAAUUGGAAGAAAAGACUCCCCAGACCCUAUGGUUGGACGAGUUAACAGUUUUAGAAGAGUUACUAGCACUGGAUGUCUACUCUUGUUAAUUGUGCCUUUAUGUUGAGAUUGUCUAUGAAGAGCUAAGGGUGAGCAUCUCUGUUUUUAGUAACAGCAAAUCUUAAUAGCAUGCUCUUUUUUAAAAAAAAAGCUAGUCUGUCUGUUUUUCUAGCAAAUAUUUCGAAGCAGUAAAAAAUUAGCCUGCACUGU